AUGGCUACCACGAAUGAUUCGAAGGCGCCUUUGCGCCAGGUAAAAAGAGUGCAGUUUGGUAUAUUAUCCCCAGAUGAAAUCCGGAGGAUGUCAGUCACAGAAGGGGGUAUCCGAUUCCCUGAAACAAUGGAAGGUGGUAGACCAAAGCUUGGAGGACUUAUGGACCCUCGACAAGGGGUGAUUGACAGAAGCUCUAGAUGUCAAACAUGCGCAGGAAACAUGACUGAGUGUCCUGGACACUUUGGACACAUAGAUUUAGCCAAACCAGUAUUUCACAUUGGUUUUAUCACAAAAACAAUAAAAAUACUUAGAUGUGUUUGUUUUUAUUGUUCAAAAUUACUUGUUAGUCCGACUAAUCCAAAGAUAAAAGAAGUUGUAAUGAAGUCAAAAGGACAGCCUCGUAAGAGGCUGACCUAUGUCUAUGACCUAUGUAAAGGCAAGAAUAUUUGUGAGGGUGGAGAAGAUAUGGAUAUAGGAAAGGAAGGUGAGGAAGGCAAAAGAGGCUCAGGGCAUGGUGGUUGUGGACGCUAUCAGCCUUCUAUCAGAAGACAAGGUCUUGAUCUUACUGCAGAAUGGAAACAUGCCAAUGAAGAUACACAGGAAAAGAAAAUAAUAAUUACAGCAGAGAGAGUAUGGGAAAUUCUUAAACAUAUCACAGAUGAAGAGUCAUUUAUACUAGGUAUGGAUCCAAAGUUUGCCCGACCUGAUUGGAUGAUUGUAACUGUAUUACCUGUACCCCCUUUGUCAGUAAGACCUGCUGUAGUCAUGUUUGGUUCAGCAAAGAAUCAGGAUGAUUUGACACACAAACUGGCUGACAUUAUCAAGGGAAAUAAUGAAUUGAUGCGUAAUGAACAGUCAGGGGCAGCUGCCCAUGUGCUUGCAGAAAAUAUUAGAUUGCUACAGUUUCAUGUAGCUACGUUUGUAGAUAAUGAUAUGCCUGGUAUGCCCAAAGCUAUGCAGAAAUCAGGAAAACCCCUUAAAGCUAUCAAGGCCCGUCUCAAAGGAAAGGAAGGAAGAAUACGAGGAAAUCUCAUGGGCAAACGAGUUGAUUUUUCAGCACGUACUGUCAUCACACCUGAUCCAAACUUACGUAUUGAUCAAGUAGGAGUUCCUAGGUCAAUUGCACAAAAUUUAACAUUCCCAGAGUUAGUAACACCAUUUAAUAUUGACCGGAUGCAGGAACUUGUGCGGAGAGGUAAUGCACAGUAUCCUGGUGCAAAGUAUAUUGUGCGUGAUAAUGGAGAAAGAAUAGAUUUGAGGUUUCAUCCAAAGCCAUCUGACUUGCAUUUACAACAUGGUUAUAAAGUUGAGCGACAUUUAAGAGACGACGAUUUGGUGAUUUUCAAUCGGCAACCCACUCUUCACAAGAUGAGUAUGAUGGGGCAUAGAGUAAAAGUGCUUCCAUGGUCAACAUUCCGUAUGAAUUUAAGUUGCACAUCUCCUUACAACGCUGAUUUUGAUGGAGAUGAAAUGAAUUUACAUGUACCUCAGUCUAUGGAAACAAGAGCAGAAGUUGAGAAUAUUCACAUAACACCCAGACAAAUUAUUACUCCUCAAGCGAACCAACCUGUCAUGGGUAUUGUACAGGACACAUUGACUGCAGUCAGGAAAAUGACAAAGCGUGAUGUGUUUCUCACAAAAGAACAAGUUAUGAAUCUUCUCAUGUUCUUACCCACAUGGGAUGGGAAAAUUCCUCAACCUUGCAUUUUGAAGCCCCAACCUCUUUGGACUGGAAAACAAAUAUUUACUUUGAUAAUUCCUGGACCUAUAAAUAUGCUUCGAGCUCAUUCCACACAUCCUGAUGAAGAAGAUGAUGGACCAUACAAGUGGAUUUCCCCUGGAGAUACAAAAGUUGUUGUAGAACAUGGUGAAUUACUUAUGGGCAUCUUGUGUAAAAAAUCACUUGGUGCUUCAGCAGGUUCUCUGCUACAUAUUUGCAUGUUGGAAUUAGGCCAUGAGACUGCUGGCCGCUUCUAUGGUAACAUUCAGACAGUAAUUAACAAUUGGUUGCUUCUAGAGGGUCACUCUAUUGGUAUUGGUGACACAAUUGCUGAUCCUCAAACCUACCAAGAAAUUCAGCGCGCCAUUGUAAAAGCUAAAGAGGAUGUAAUAGAAGUUAUCCAAAAGGCUCACAACAUGGAGUUGGAGCCUACACCUGGUAACACUCUCCGACAGACAUUCGAAAAUCAAGUAAAUCGUAUUUUGAACGAUGCUCGUGACAAAACCGGUGGAUCAGCCAAGAAAUCUCUCACUGAGUACAACAAUCUAAAAGCUAUGGUGGUAGCUGGUUCUAAGGGGUCUAAUAUUAAUAUUUCCCAGGUUAUUGCUUGUGUGGGUCAACAAAACGUUGAAGGAAAACGAAUUCCGUUUGGGUUCCGUAAAAGAACUCUACCACACUUCAUUAAGGACGAUUAUGGUCCUGAGUCAAGGGGCUUUGUAGAAAACUCCUAUCUUGCCGGUUUGACACCUUCCGAAUUUUAUUUUCACGCUAUGGGUGGUCGAGAAGGUCUUAUUGAUACUGCUGUCAAGACUGCUGAAACUGGAUAUAUCCAGCGUCGUUUAAUAAAGGCUAUGGAGUCUGUAAUGGUUCAUUAUGAUGGUACUGUUCGAAACUCAGUUGGACAACUCAUUCAGUUAAGAUAUGGAGAAGAUGGUUUAGCUGGAGAAACAGUAGAAUUCCAGAAUUUACCAACUAUUAAGCUGUCCAACAAGGCUUUUGAAAAGAAAUUCAAAUUUGAUCCAUCAAAUGAAAGAUAUCUGAAAAGGAUAUUCAGUGAAGACAUUAUUAAAGAGUUGACAGAAUCAGGAUAUGUUAUUGCUGAUUUGGAGAGUGAAUGGGAGCAACUUUGUAAAGAUAGAGAAGUCUUACGUCAAAUUUUCCCAAGUGGUGAAUCCAAGGUUGUACUCCCUUGCAAUUUCAAAAGAAUGAUUUGGAAUGCUCAAAAAACCUUCCACAUUAACAAAAGAAUGCCUACAGAUCUCAGCCCCAUAAAAGUUAUAUCAGGUGUUAAAGACCUUUUAAAGAAAUGUGUAAUUGUAGCAGGCGAAGAUCGUCUUUCUAAACAAGCUAACGAAAACGCUACCUUGCUAUUCCAGUGUUUGGUAAGAUCAACAUUAUGUACCAAGUUUGUGUCUGAAGAAUACAGAUUGUCAACUGUUGCUUUUGAGUGGUUGAUUGGAGAAAUUGAAACUAGAUUCCAACAAGCUCAAGUCAACCCCGGUGAAAUGGUCGGCGCUCUUGCUGCGCAGUCACUAGGUGAACCUGCCACUCAGAUGACACUGAAUACUUUCCAUUUUGCUGGUGUAUCAUCCAAAAACGUAACUCUCGGUGUGCCGCGUUUGAAGGAAAUUAUCAAUAUUUCAAAGAAGCCGAAAGCGCCAUCCCUAACAGUGUUUUUAACUGGUGGUGCUGCUAGAGAUGCUGAAAAAGCUAAAAAUGUACUUUGUAGACUAGAACAUACCACACUGCGCAAAGUGACUGCAAACACAGCUAUUUACUACGAUCCAGAUCCUCAAAAUACUGUUAUAGCAGAGGAUCAGGAAUUUGUAAAUGUUUACUACGAAAUGCCUGACUUUGACCCUACGAAGAUUUCACCAUGGCUGCUUCGUAUUGAAUUAGAUCGUAAGAGGAUGACAGAUAAGAAACUUACUAUGGAGCAGAUUGCUGAAAAAAUUAAUGCCGGAUUCGGAGACGAUUUGAAUUGUAUUUUCAAUGACGACAAUGCUGAGAAACUUGUUUUACGUAUUAGGAUUAUGAAUAACGAGGAGAGCAAAUUCCAAGAUAACGAAGAAGAAACAGUUGAUAAGAUGGAAGAUGAUAUGUUCUUGAGAUGUAUCGAGGCAAAUAUGCUGUCAGACAUGACACUACAGGGAAUAGAAGCUAUUGCUAAGGUGUACAUGCAUUUACCACAAACCGAAGCCAAAAAACGCAUUAUAAUCACAGAACAAGGAGAAUUUAAGGCAAUUGCUGAAUGGUUACUGGAAACUGAUGGUACUUCAUUGAUGAAGGUAUUGUCUGAGAGAGAUGUUGACCCCAUAAGGACAUUCAGUAACGAUAUUUGUGAGAUAUUCCAAGUACUGGGUAUCGAAGCUGUGCGUAAGUCAGUGGAGAAAGAAAUGAAUGCUGUCUUGCAGUUCUAUGGUCUUUACGUAAAUUAUCGUCAUCUUGCCUUGCUUUGUGACGUUAUGACUGCUAAAGGCCAUCUUAUGGCUAUUACUCGUCACGGCAUUAACAGACAGGAUACUGGAGCUCUGAUGAGGUGCUCAUUCGAAGAAACUGUUGAUGUGUUGCUAGACGCUGCUAGUCAUGCUGAAGUAGAUCCUAUGAGGGGUGUAUCUGAAAAUAUUAUUAUGGGACAAUUGCCGCGAAUGGGAACUGGUUGUUUUGAUUUGCUGCUUGAUGCUGAGAAAUGUAAACACGGAAUGGAAAUGGGUGGCUUAGGUGUUGGAGGAGUUGGAGGCGGCAUGUAUUUUGGAGUCGGCACUCCUUCUAUGACACCGCUUAUGACUCCUUGGUCUACACAGAACACUCCUGGAUAUGGCAGCAGUGCGUGGUCUCCAGGCCAAGUGGGAAGCAGUAUGACUCCUGGAGGACCUUCAUUCUCGCCGUCUGGUGCAUCAGAUGCAUCAGGAUUAUCGCCAGCUUAUAGUGCUUGGUCUCCUCAGCCUGGUUCUCCAGGGUCUCCAGGACCUCCACUUUCCCCGUAUACAUCUCCUGCCGCGGCAUCACCGUCAUACUCCCCUACAAGUCCCGUAUAUGCUCCUGCUUCGCCAAGCCUCACCCCUACAUCACCGCAUUACUCUCCUACUAGUCCAUCAUAUUCACCAACCUCACCAAAUUAUUCCCCUACCUCUCCUAUAUAUUCGCCAACGUCGCCAAGCUAUUCUCCUACGUCUCCCGGUUAUUCGCCUACAUCUCCGUCAUAUUCGCCAACAUCACCGAGUUAUUCACCAACGUCACCAAGUUAUUCUCCAACCAGCCCUGCUUACUCCCCGACGUCACCAAGCUAUUCACCGACAUCACCAAGUUAUUCGCCAACAAGUCCAUCAUAUUCACCAACGAGUCCUUCAUACUCUCCUACAAGCCCAGCAUAUUCUCCGACUUCUCCGGGUUAUUCGCCAUCUUCACCGAGUUAUUCGCCUACAAGUCCUGUUUAUAGUCCUGCUUCUCCAAGUUAUUCUCCGUCUUCACCAAAUUAUACACCUACAUCUCCAGGUUAUUCUCCUACAAGUCCAUCAUAUUCUCCCACAUCUCCUGCGUAUUCUCCGACAUCACCCAGCUAUUCACCAUCGUCGCCCAAAUAUUCUGCCUCGCCUAACUAUUCUCCGACAUCACCGUCAGUUGCAAGCGGUAGUCCAACAUAUUCCCCGACCAGUCCACAAUAUUCACCCACGAGUCGUCAGUACUCACCAGCAAGUCCAGCCUAUUCACCCUCUUCGCCUCAACAUGCGGGAAGUACGCGAUACUCACCGUCUUCACCUAAUUAUUCCCCAUCUUCACUAAAUUAUUCUCCAUCUUCUCCUGGCUACUCGCCAUCUUCGACGAAGUAUUCACCAACCUCACCGACUUAUACACCAACCUCGUCAAAUUAUUCGCCCUCUUCACCUGCUUAUUCCCCAUCGUCAGCUGGACCUAGCACGUAUUCUCCAACAUCACCGACAUAUUCUCCCACCUCACCUAAUUAUGACGACGGCGACGAUUAG